CCACUGUUUUAUCAUCCGCCAUGAAAACUUGUUUGAUCUUCUUUCUCUACACAACAAUUCUCAAUUACUGUUUCUACUUCUCUGUUUCAUCAUCAUCAUCAUCAUCAUCAUCACCUCUUCUCCUCCAUCUCUCUCACUCUCUCUCAACUUCAAAACACUCUGCCUCUCCUCUCCACCUUCUCAAAUCAUCCUCCUCUCGUUCCUCCGCCCGCUUCCGCCACCACCACCACAAACACCAACAACAACUUUCACUCCCUAUCUCUUCCGGCAGCGAUUACCUCAUCUCCCUCUCCGUCGGCUCCUCCUCCUCAGCCGUCUCCCUCUACUUAGACACCGGAAGCGACCUCGUCUGGUUCCCUUGCCGUCCUUUCACUUGCAUCCUCUGUGAAUCCAAACCACUCCCUCCUUCUCCUCCACCCACUCUCUCCUCCUCUGCCACCACCGUCUCCUGCUCCUCCCCUUCUUGCUCCGCCGCUCACUCUUCCCUUCCCUCCUCAGACCUCUGCGCUAUCUCCAACUGUCCUCUUGAUUUCAUCGAAACCGGUGAUUGCAACACUUCUUCUUACCCUUGUCCUCCUUUCUACUACGCUUACGGUGACGGCUCUCUCGUCGCAAAACUCUUCUCCGACUCACUUUCUCUCCCUUCCGUCUCCGUCGCUAACUUCACAUUCGGCUGCGCUCACACCACUCUCGCUGAACCUAUCGGUGUCGCUGGAUUCGGUCGUGGACGUCUCUCUCUUCCCGCUCAGCUCUCUGUUCACUCUCCUCAUCUCGGUAACAGCUUCUCUUAUUGUCUCGUCUCUCACUCGUUUGACUCAGACCGAGUCCGCCGUCCGAGUCCACUCAUACUCGGCCGCUUCGUCGAUAAAAAAGAGAAACGUGUCGGAACCACCGAUGAUGAUGAUGAUGGUGAUGAGAAGAAGAAGAAGAAUGAGUUCGUCUUCACUGAGUUGCUUGAAAACCCAAAGCAUCCUUACUUCUACUCUGUUUCACUUCAAGGAAUCUCAAUCGGAAAACGGAAUAUUCCAGCUCCGGCGAUGCUAAGACGAAUUGACAAAAACGGUGGCGGAGGAGUUGUAGUUGACUCAGGGACGACGUUCACGAUGCUUCCGGCGAAAUUCUACAACUCGGUGGUUGAAGAAUUCGAUAGUCGGGUCGGGCGGGUUCACGAACGGGCUGAUCGGGUCGAACCGAGUUCCGGUAUGAGUCCUUGUUACUAUUUAAACCAGACGGUUAAAGUUCCAGCUCUGGUUUUGCAUUUUGCCGGGAAUGGAUCCAGUGUUACGCUCCCUAGGAGAAAUUAUUUUUAUGAAUUUAUGGACGGUGGAGAUGGUAAAGAAGAGAAGAGAAAAGUUGGAUGUUUGAUGUUGAUGAACGGUGGAGAUGAAUCGGAGCUUCGAGGUGGAACUGGGGCUAUUCUGGGGAAUUACCAGCAACAAGGGUUUGAGGUGGUCUAUGAUCUGUUGAACAGAAGAGUUGGAUUCGCAAAGAGGAAAUGCGCAUCUUUAUGGGAUACGCUUAACCAAGGCUAACAUGCGCUGAAGCCAAUAAAUCUUUGUAAUAAGCCUAACAUUGCGCU